AUGGGAGGACUCUGCAUAAAACAGAAUAAUCAGACUAACGACCCUCCAAAGUAGGAUCGAAGAAGUUUGCAAUACAAGGAUCCAGCUAAGUCAAGAGUUAAUGAAUAGGAUAAGGCUAUUUUAGAUAUCAAAGCAAGAAUGAAGAAACUAAAGACAUACACAGAUAAGCUAGAGUUGUAAGUGGGUUAGCAAAAAGAAAAAAUUCAAGAAUUUUUGAAAGAAAAAAACAAGCAAAGAGCAUUGAUUGCUUUAAAGCAUAAAAAAUUCUUAGACAAGCAAGUAGAGAAGUCACUUGGUGCUUAGACUCUUUUGCAGCAGACUAUGUAAAACAUCGAGUCUGCUUAAAUGGAUGUUGAGGUUUAUGAAGCUUUGAAGACUGGUGACUAAGUCAUUAGCGAUUUAUAAAAGCAAGCAUCAUUGGAAGAUUUUGAAGAAUUAUACGAAAAACAUCAAGAGAAUUUAGACAGAUAAAAGAUGGAGCAGGAAUUAUUUGGAUAAGUUCUUAAUGAUGAAGAUCUGGAGGAUGAAUUAGCAGCAUUAGACGUCUAAAUUAUGGAGGAGGCACUUCCAGAUGCUGGAACUGGUGCAUUAAAUGAAUCUGAAAAUGCCUAUAGUAAAUAAUCUUAGUAGGAAGAGUAUCUUCAACCAUAGAAAUAGAGACAAAUGCAGCCAUAACUUGCUUGA